ACGAAUCAAUAUGUCUAUCAUGAAAGUUUUAUUUAUGUAUUUUUAAUUUUUCUAGACCGCUGUUACCCUUCAGUCUACCGGAGAUAAGUAAAAUAAAAUGUUCUUAAAAAAUGAUUCCCAAAAAAUUGGUUCGGAUCAAAGUUUUACGCAAAGGGAUCUUACACGAUAUAUUGAAUCUUUAAUAAAACAUUCAUACCAUCAAGAGAGAACAAAUACUUCGACUACAAAUUACGGUUGGCUUACGGGCAAACCAUCUUUGUAUUCUGCAUUGUCAAUCCAAGCGGCGUUAAGUCCUCUUCAACCUAUGUUAAAUAAGAUGACUCCCGAAAGCUGUGCUUUUAUCUUCAUGAAGAUGGACAAUUAUGUCACUGAAACUACGUCAGUGGCAGAUAUUAUGGAGAUAUUGAAGAAACUUCUUGAAGAACAGUUGAGUUUGCAGUUGAUAGGACAGAAUAUUAAAGUUGCAAAAAGAAGACAAAAGAAGAAUAUUAAAAUACAACCUUCUAUUCUAUACUGUGACUCUAAGUUAUUUAUUAUUUCGUAAUUUAAUUAAGCUACUAUACUAUGUUUUAUAUUUUCUAUGUAUAUGAACUAUUCCCCUUUAGCAAAUGUUGCGUCCAUUGUUAAUUGUAUAAUUACGAAACGCAUCAUAGCCGAUGCUAAGUGCUGACAACUAAACACCGAGGCAGCGUUCUUGUGGCAUACCUUUUACUGCUUGAAGGAUCUUUCCUCUUGCAUUAAAAAAAUCGAAAACAAACUAAAAACAACGUAAAUAUAAAACUCUAUUUAAAAGCAAUACGAUAUAAGUAAAGCUGUCGAAUUCAAGCCUUAAAUAAAAUAUAAGGUUAUAAACAUAUUUUUAUCGUCAAUAAAUGAAUCAAUAAGGAGGUAAUGUGGGAAUAUUCCAUACAAAAAUAUGCUA